AUGUCCGUCAAGCCACCGACCUUCUCAAUAUUUUGGCGGCAAUGCCUACAAGGUCCGAUGCGACCUGGCUUUCAAAUGAAUCUGACAUCAUCCCCUCGCUAUUUCAAUUCUAGCGUGCCUCGCCACAAGGCCAAGGGCGUGGCCAGAACUAUCGAUUCCCCGUGGCAAGCCGCAAGCCCUUAUGGGAACAAGAACCCCCGUGCCCUUGCGAAGCUACAAGCGAAAGUAUUACAAGCCGGAGAAGUGCUUUUGUAUAAAGCUCCUUCUCAUCGCCCAUACGUCUUAACUGCAUAUGGGCUGUCCGCGUUUUGCUUCGCCUAUUCCAUCUACAACUCGAACGCAGUUCUCCGGGAUCCUCUAAUUCCCCUUCCAAUGUGGCAGAAAUCUCUAUUUGGUGGUAUCUGUAUCAUGAUGAGUGUUGGAGGCACCUUGUUCAUCUCCCGAACUGGCUCCCUAGUCAGAAAUAUCAAAGCGAUCAAGUCCGAUGGCCGUAUGCGCGUCCUCUUCACAGUCCGAAGCAUGGUCCCUUUCAAGAAGCCUUAUCAGAUUCAAGUGGCGCCAGGUGAUCUCUCCUUCAAGCGCAGAAUCUCAGUCUCUCCGGAAUCCAUGAAGCGUUACGAGGAUAGUGCCAGGCUCGGUCGUUCUCUGGAAACUGAGCCAGCCUUCUUCAGAACACUGAAAUCCAUACCUCGCCGGACCUUUCAGAGCAUGCGAAAGCUUUUCACGAAUGAGGACUUCAUAAUUGUCCAGCUGGCGGGUCACAAGACCCAUUUCAGGCUGGACUGCGAGGGAUACAUCUCGGAUGAUCUCCUGCAUUUUGGGCGCAUGGUGGAUGUGAAAAUGCCAUUCAGAGAUUGA